CAGACUAAAAGAGCUCGGCAUGGAAGACGAAUGAAACAGAAAAAUGAAGUUAACACAUGUAUUACUGUUUUACAAGAACUUGAUGAAAGUUCCUGGUAGUUUGUAUGCAGGGAAACACAGAGUGUACAGACCUAUCAAGAUGAAAGACAGACGAGAGGCAUUUAAUCGCCUAAUGAAAGAACAGCAAAACCUAGCAAUUCUCAGUAGACCAUACCUUACUAUGGAGGAAGAACAGGGUCACAUGAAAGCCAUGGGACGGAACAGACUGGCAUAUGAAGCUCUAAAGGAACGCAAUACUAGCAAGAUGUUACCUCAUCGGACAAUAGAGGAUCAUUUAGAACAUGUGAAUACAGGAAGGAAAUGGGAAUGA